AUGCGCACACAUGAACGAGGAGAUGACCCACCUGUACGGCCUUCAAACAUGGGCCGCUAUGCCAACCUCCCACCACCUCCACCACCCCCGCAAUCUGCUAUUCCACCCCGGAUACUGGAUGCGAUACCAGCAAGGAGACCUGAAGUUCCGAAUGAAGGGAUCCCAUCACGUGAAUUCUCCGAAAUCGAAAGACAACAUGAAGCGCUGGUGAUAGAAAGGGAGGAUCUUAUGGGUUCUCGAUUUCAGAUGCAGAGGGAUCGACAAAAGAUAUCCGAGGCACGUGAGAAAACCGGUUCUCAAGAAGAAUUGGUGAUCAAUCAGUUGCGUAUUUUCCUACAUAAGCAAGAUAUCACCUUACCCCAAGAUAUAGUGGAAACAUUUGAGCUGAUUGAUGCUUUUCGAGACAAGCUAGGUUCACUGGAGGCCGAAUAUGACGACACGGAACAAAACUACACGCUGAAGGAAUUAAGAUACUUAAGGAAGGAGUCGGAAUUCAUCGACAAGUUGAAAAACGUUCGCGCAGAUAGCUCUCCUGUUGCUGGAACUGAGAAAAUCCCGGUAGAUCAGGGUGCCUUGCAAGUAACUCGUGCAACUGCGGAUAGCCGGGAAAUCGCCAACCAGAACGACCAAAUCGCCAAUUCCACACCCCAAGAGACGGGGCUACAACUAGCGUUACAGCGUCAAGUGAACUUCAAUUUCCAAGAGGAUGACGAAUCGUACACGGCAGGCUUUCGUCUACUGUCAAACAAUGAACGCCUGAACACAUGGCUCGUCGACAUCUUGUUUCAACCUUACGUACCGAUGAGCUAUCCUGAAGAUGAGGAGACUAUUCGUGGUCCGACACACGGCUCUCUACAACGAGAGAUCCCUGAAGGCUGGCAUUUUGUUUUGGCGCUUGGGGCACAAUUCGAGAGCGAGAAUUUGAAGGUCACGCAUGGCGAAUCUCAAGAGCAAGGCAUCACAGAACCGAGUUCUAUCUCUCUUUCACACAAUUUUUUAGUAAAACGGACACAGUAG